AUGACCGUGGCAUUCGCCCUGCGCCGGUCUCGCACUCUCCUCCGCACCACCUCGUACUCAAGAUGCUAUUCGACACCGUCGACGGUCAGCAUUCUUGGAAAGAAGUACCCUAUCGAUUCCACGACCAAUGUCACUGCGGCCAUCGUUGACAAGGUCGGGCGAAACCUCUACAUGGACCCCUCCCAUCCCCUUGGAAUCCUCCACUCUCUCAUCUCCUCUCAUUUCCACGACUUCAACUCCAUGACCGGUUUGCCACCCGUCGUCACCCCUGCCCAAAACUUCGACGACCUUGGCUUUCCUCCAGACCAUCCCGGGCGUGCCGUGACGGACAGCUACUACAUCAACCGCGACCACCUUCUCCGCACGCACACCUCCGCGCACGAGGUCGAGACCUUCGCGCGCGGCGAGCGCAAGUGGCUGCUCUCCGCCGACGUCUACCGCCGUGACGAGAUCGACGCCUCACACUACCCCGUCUUCCACCAGAUGGAAGGCGCGCGUGUGUUCGCCGCCGGCACCGCUGGCCGCGCCGAGCUCGAGGCCGACAACGCCCGCCUCGCUGCACACCUCGCGCGCUCACCCAUCGUCAUCGAGGACGUCCCGCACCUCUCGCCCACGAACCCAGCGCAGCCCGCGCACGACCCCGCGCACGCGGCGCUCGUCGCGCAGAACCUGAAGCUUUCGCUCAACGCGCUCAUGCUCACCCUCUUCGGGGACCGCGCCGGGGCCGGCGAGGGCGUGCCGCUGAGGGUGCGCUGGAUCGAGGCGUACUUUCCGUUCACGUCGCCGAGCUACGAGGUCGAGGUGUUCUUCCGCGGGAAAUGGCUGGAGAUUCUGGGGUGCGGGGUGGUGCAGCAGCAGACUUUGGACCGCGCGAAUGUGCCGGACAACGUCUCGUGGGCCUUUGGCCUUGGCCUUGAGCGCAUUGCUAUGAUUUUGUUCUCGAUUCCGGACAUUCGGUUGUUCUGGUCUCAAGACCCGCGCUUCACUUCGCAAUUCACGGCGGGCCAGAUCACCACGUUCAAGCCGUACUCAAAGUAUCCCGCAUGCUACAAGGAUGUCAGCUUCUGGCUGGAGCAGAACAGCGCUGGUCUGCAUGACAAUGACUUCUGCGACCUUGUCCGGGACACUGUUGGCGACCUUGCGGAAGAUGUGGUCCUGAUCGACUCGUUCACACACCCCAAAACAAAUAAGAGCAGUAAAUGCUAUCGCGUGAACUACUGUUCGAUGGACAGGUCGCUGUCCAACGACGAAGUCAACGCCAUCCACGCGCGAGUGGUUACAAGUCUCGUGGAAAAGUUCGGAGUAGAGAUUCGUUAG